UUUUUUUCAUGGAAAAUUAACCCUCACUUGAUUUUUUUUUUUGGGGGUGGACUCUCACGUACAAACAGGCCAUCAUGUCAUGGGGCGCCCUUUACGCCCAGCUGGGCGGCGUCAACAAGCACUCGACCAGCCUGGGCAAGAUCUGGCUGUCGGUGCUGUUCAUCUUCCGCAUCACCAUCCUGGUGCUGGCGGCCGAAAGCGUGUGGGGCGACGAGCAGUCCGACUUCACGUGCAACACGCAGCAGCCCGGCUGCAAGAACGUGUGCUACGACCACUUCUUCCCCGUGUCGCACAUCCGCUUGUGGUGCCUCCAGCUCAUCUUCGUGUCCACGCCGGCCCUGCUGGUGGCCAUGCACGUGGCCUACCGCAAGCGCGGCGACAAGCGCUCCAUGCUGGCGUCCAACGGCACCGAGAAGCCCAGCGACGUGGACAUGGAGACGCUCAAACGACGGCGGCUUCCCAUCACCGGCACGCUUUGGUGGACGUACACGUGCAGCCUCUUCUUCCGGCUCAUCUUCGAGGGCGGCUUCAUGUACGCGCUCUACUUCGUCUACGACGGCUUCCGGAUGCCGCGGCUGGUCAAGUGCGAGCAGUGGCCCUGCCCCAACAAGGUGGACUGCUUCAUCUCGCGACCCACCGAGAAGACCAUCUUCACCAUCUUCAUGGUGGCCUCCUCCACCAUCUGCAUGGUGCUCAACGUGGCCGAGUUGGGCUACCUCGUGUGCAAGGCGCUCAUGCGCUGCACCGGCCGCCGUCGAAACAGGAGAUUGUCGUACAACCACAAGGAGACCGUCGCGCGGGACGGCACCGCCUUGCAGAACAAGAAGAACGAGCUGCUGCUCUCCGCACCUUCCUCAGACUCCUCCAUGCGCAAGACCGUGUGCUGAAUGAGAGCGCCGGAACCCAACACGACACCGGAACGCCAUGUCUCUACCGAGCGUGAGCCUAUGUCUGGUAUCGACGCAGAAAAGCAAUCUAUGUUCACACAAAGGAGAUAUUUGUCAUGGGAAAUGGUAGUUUCCCAUGAAAAUGCCGUAUGCUUCCAAAAUCACGAAAAUCAGACCAGGAAACAAAUUUUGCAGUAUUUUUUUUUUUUUUAAAGUAUAGUGCAAUGUUUGUCCACAAAUAUGCAAGGGUUCACCACAAAAGGUUGCCUCAAAAACUAUGCAUUGUCACAAAAAGGACAUAUUUGUCCAAAUAAAAUGCAACAUUUCACAAUUAAGACACUCCAUUAUUUUCUACAAAGUAUUCUUUGCUUUUCACAAAAGUCCAAGAUGUGUGCACUAAAUGCAACAGGUUGAUCCAUCAGGUCCAUAACGUCUUGCCAUGGAAAAACUACAUUUGUUUACAAAAAGGCACAAAGGACCCCAAAAAAUGGAUAUUGUCUUGUAUAUGCAAAUGCCCCAAAAGAACAACAGAGUGGUGUUCCUCAGGGAAGCGUUUGAGGGCCACUCGUUUUCCUUGCAAGAACAAAGGUCC